GACCCUCUUUCUUUCUUCUCCCGUAUAAAUUCCUCUUCUCGUACCUCUUCCUCGUUCAUUCAAGACUAAGUCAAAACUCAAACCCAAAAAGGCAAAAAAAGGGAGACUCUGUAAUUUAGAGAAAGAACUAGAGAGCUGCAAUGGCGACGUCGGGGAAGCAAGCCAUGGUGGUUGGGAUCGACGAAAGCGAGCAUAGCAAUUACGCGCUGGAAUGGACGCUCGAUCACUUCUUUGCUCCUCUCGCUUCCAAUCCACCUUUCAAGCUCUUCGUCGUUCACGCGAAGCCUUCUGCAUCUUCUGCUGUUGGUCUAGCUGGACCGGGAGCUGCUGACGUACUGCCGUAUGUGGAGGCGGAUUUGAGGAAGAUAGCUGCCAGGGUUGUAGAGAAAGCUAAGGAACUCUGCCUUAGUAAAUCGGUGAACGAUGCUGUAGUUGAAGUGGUAGAAGGUGAUGCUAGGAAUGUUCUUUGCGAGGCUGUAGAAAGACACCAUGCCUCGAUGCUUGUUGUUGGCAGCCAUGGUUAUGGAGCUAUAAAGAGGGCUGUUCUUGGCAGUGUGAGUGAUUAUUGUGCUCAUCAUGCUCACUGUUCUGUGCUGAUCGUGAAGAGGCCUAAGAGCAAACAUUAAUCCAUAUAUGAGCCUCUAAAUAAAGUAUCAAACAGGAGUGGUUACAGCUUUUUAUUAGUUACCUAAUAAGUAUGAUGGUGUACACUGUACCGUCAAUUGUGCUAAACAUUUUGUGUUGGUAUAAAUAAGCACAUUUUAUAUAUUGUUAUGCAUCUGAUGUCUUCUUAUUACCAUAUUUUAAUUGUGCCUGUGCAA